CAGCCACUAGCCCUGUGCAUCACCACAGCUGAGCCCCAUGGAGCUGAUGGCUAUCGUGCUGCUAGUAGUGACUGCAGGUGCUGCAGUGUCCGCCCAGGACGACGGGGGCCGGAUCAUCGGCGGGUACACGUGUCCCCGCUACUCCCAGCCCUGGCAGGCCUUCAUCUACGGCCCGCUGCAGUGUGGGGGCAUCCUGGUCGACAGGAGCUGGGUGCUAUCUGCCGCCCAUUGCUACAGACCCGGCCUGCGGGUGCGGCUCGGGGAGCACAACCUGGCGGUGCGGGAGGGCCCGGAGCAGGACCGAGUCGUGUCCGGCGCCAUCCUGCACCCCGGCUACAACCGCUUCACCCUGGACAACGACCUCAUGCUGCUCAAACUGGCGCAACCGAUCACCAUCGGCACGACCGCCCGCCCCGUCACGCUGCCCACGGCCUGCGCGCCCACCGGGACCGCCUGCCUCAUCUCGGGCUGGGGCACCGUCACCACCCCCCAAGCCACAUUCCCCAACCUCCUGCAGUGCGGAAACGUCCAGAUCAUCUCAGCCCAGAGCUGUCGGGCUUCCUAUCCCGGCCGGGUCACCACCAACAUGGUGUGCGCGGGCGUCAUGGGUGGGGGCAUCGACUCCUGCCAGGGUGACUCGGGUGGGCCUCUGCUCUGCGCUGGGCAGCUCCAGGGCAUCGUGUCCUGGGGGCUGCAAACCUGCGCCCAGUCCAACAGGCCUGGCGUCUACACCAAGGUCUGCAACUACGUAGCGUGGAUCCGCAGAGCCAUCCAGAUGAAUUGA